AUGGCCCACGUCAACUUCGACACCAUCAGCCAAGCAGUCAAGGACAAAGCGGGUCGUGUCGGCCUCACAGCAAUCACCCUCACCCAGAUCAUCUUCGCUAUCUGGCUUUCCAAAGGCUUCAAAUUGCUGUCGAGAGAGGUAGUACAAGCACUUGUCCCCGGAAACAACCGCAAGGGUAGCCUCACCCCGAAGAAAGAGCGCAAAGCCAGCAGGGCUAAGGACGACCCCAACCUUAAGCGGCGCCGCAACGCCAACAAGACCCCCAACCUCCAGUCUAGCAGCAAGAAGCCGCGCAGAAACACGCGUUCCGCUCCGAUCACCCCCGAAGACAAGGCCGCGGCCAAGCGUGCGUUCCAGGACACCACAAAGCCCAUGGACGAACAGUCCAUCCACAACUUCCAAGUCACGGAGGCAGAGGCUCACGAGUCUGGCCAUAUGCCAACGUUUGUGAGGAUGCCUCGACAGUGGGCACUAGACUCAAACACCGUACAUCCAGUCGACGAAGAUAUCGAAGACUUCGGGCUCUACCUUUUCGAGAUAUAUUAG